GCAAUUUCUCUCCGUCUGUUGUCUAAGCACGCGCACACUGAACAGAAAGCGACUAUUGAUUUUUUUUACCAAGAUGGACAAGUUGUAGUGAAGAUACGAAUAGGCCGUCCCCUCUCGAAGUGUUCAUGGAAUCGGAUCGCUGACAUGGUUUAUCGUUUAUCCAAGGCAGACAGCAAGAACAAUAAUUCCGGUUACAUUACAUUUGAAUGAAUUCUGGGGGAAAAAGACAUGUGAACCGAAUGGGAUUAUGUUCUCCAUAAACAGGUUCAGAAGAAGCAAUGUAUUUACUAAAAGAUCAACUCUGAAAUUGUCAUCGGAGUGCUUCAAAGAAAAUCGGUUUUUCUCAGUAGUUUUUCUCUUCGGGGCUAUUUGAGGACGUGUCACUUUCAGACGAGCACUGUUUAAAAAAAACGAAAAUCCGUCGCUUUUAAAAGUAUUUUCAUGCCUUUGUCGGUGGAAUUAGCGGAUGGCAAAAAGUUGUCUGCAUUGUCGUUUGGUAAAAUUCUUAAUGUGGAAUAACACGAAACCGUCGAUGGUGGAUGAGAUUGGUGCUGGAUUUGGUUCACUGAUUUUUCCACGUGCACUGCCGAAGCGGAGUCUGGUACGGAUUAUACAAUGGACUGUUGUAGCAAGAAGCGAUUGUUGAUGAUUAUGACAAGUGCAUGUGCUUGUGCUGCAUUCGGAUUACUUGCUAUCGGCGUCUCAACAGACUACUGGCUCUUUACAAGUGACCUCCAGAAAGAAACGGACAACGACACAGACCAAUACGAAAAUCACUGGUCUGGACUCUGGCGCACGUGCCGAGUAGACGAUUAUUUUCCAACAAGAAUGGACUGCAAUUAUAUAAUGUAUUUUACACCGAGCGACGAAAAAGAGGGCUUGCCACAGACACAAGCUAUAUUGUUGACGAUGAGGAGAUCCACGUGGUUCCCUUUAGCAAGUCUCCUCAUUCUGCUGAUUGGAGCCAUUAUUUGUUUUGUUGGACAAUGUAAAUCUGGAAGGAAAAACUUGACGUUUAUCUGCGGUAUUCUGUUUGUUCUUGCAGGUUUGUGUACACUUGUCGGCAUCAUUCUUUACAUAGGCAGCAUUACCGAAGAAGUGGGCAGUAAAGGAAAACCCAACGGUGACGAGAAAGUGAAAUUCAAAUAUAAUUAUGGAGCCUCGUUUAUUAUGACAGUCUGUUCCUUUGUUCUGACGGAGUUAUCUGGAGUGUUUUCUGUAUAUCUCUAUAUCACUCGCUACAAAGAAAAGCAUAGGAAAAAACUCCAACAAAUGUUAAAAGGGGAGCAAAACGAUCACGGCAAUAGAUGGAGAUACCGUAGACCUACAAAUCACAGUCGCGAGAGGUCAGGCUCGAGGGAGCGCUGCUCCAGAGACCAUUCCAUGAGUCGAUCAGAUAGUUAUUAUACAUAUACUCCUAUAUCUGACAAUGUUUCCAAUGAACUCUCGAACUAUACAUUCCCGAGAGAAGUCUCUAGAAAUACCAUAUCAACUACUGUCGAUACACAUGUACCACGAGAAUACCGUGAUCACGUGGUCAGGGAAAACAAUACCCGAGAACUAAUGACGAUUCCACUUCCUCCGGAAAGCAUUGUGCGAAGAACGACACCUGUGUAACUGGUUAGUCAGAAGGUUAUUUGUCAACCAUUCGGUGCUUUACUGACAAUCAAACGACAGAAGGCACAAAAUCUCAACUCCCUUGCCAUUUUCUAAGAGACAGUAUAUGUAGAUACUCUGAGGGAUUAAAUAGUAUGAUUUUCACAAGCACGUCUGUAAAAUGUUAAAUUUAUUUUAUUACAUGAGAAGACUUGUAGAUUUAUCAUUGGUGUAAGUAUUUUGAUAUGGAUGUUAACUUACAAGGGAGAUUUGUAAUAUUGUCAGUAGGGUUUGUUAGGUUUUCUACAUAUUUUUGUAUCUGCUGUCAAACUUUGACAAUAUUGGGGGUUUUUGUGUAUCUGACAAGCAAUAUUCUUGCAAAUCGAGUCCUGUUCAGUGAUGCAAAGUUGUAUUAUAAAUGGUCUGUGUGUUUAUCAUACAAAAAAUGAACUCAUUGAUUUCAUGUUCAAAAUAUUUCAUGUUUUCAUCAUGUUAUAAAAGGUUUAUGGACCAUGAACUGUCGACAACUUUGCAUCGGAAGAAAGAGAACUCUUAUACAUUUCUAGUCAGCAUUGAACAGUGUGUAUGAUCAAAGAUUGUAUGUUGUCUCACGUAUGACCAUGUAUAUCGGUAUCAGGUGUCUAGCAGGGCAGUUAUAUUUUCAUUAGUAUAGAAAUUAGAGUAUCCGUAAUUGUUUUGCAAUGUAUUGGUUAAGUAAUACUAAGGUGGGCUUCAUUUUGAUACAUGUUUGAGAUCUCAAGAGUUAGUAAAAUUCGCUUAGACACUGCUUUUCUGUGCGAAAUUUUCAGCAUUUUUUCUAAGCCAAGAAACAUUACAAAGAAAUUUAGUAUACAAAGGCCGAUCGAAAAAUCUUGUGUUUUGUACUGUUACUUGUGCGAGUUGUAGAGGGUCAUUCAGUUUUUUUGCUUAAUCUAUGGAACAUAAUGCAUACGUUAAAUGUUAUUAGUUAAUUAUGUGUAAUUUUUUGUAAAUUUUUACAAUUUGUAUGUAUAUCUUUCAAACAUUUAUCAUAGCAUAAUUCACCAUUAUAUUUAUUCUUUGGUUCGAUUCCUUUUUUUUAAAGCGCCAUACAUUGAAGAUAUUUAUUAACAGAUUAGUUUGUUGGUUUGUUUGUUUUUUUAAUUCUUUUUAAUCAUAAAUUUUAUUAUAACAGCGCGAUAUGAAAAGUAUUCAGACAGCAAAUAAAGUUGUUUAUGAUUUUAUAUGGAC